AUGGUUGAACAAACAAACUUCAUUGCUGAAGGAGGAUCAUCCCACAGACCUCCACUCUUCAAUGGAAUUGACUACUACUUCUGGAAAGGUAAAAUGAGACUCUUUCUCUUAUCUGAAGAUAUAAAUAUGUGGUCCAUCAUUGAAACAAGAAACUUCACUCCAAUGACUGCUCCAACUGAUGCUGCUCCUGCUGCCCCUAAACCUCAAGCGUCAUGGACCCCUGAAGAGAAAAACCAGGUACUCUUUAACUCAAAAGCUCAAUUUAUUUUAUCAUGUGCUCUUAGCAGAGAAGAAUACGAUAGAAUUGAGGAAUGUAACACUGCCAACGAGAUCUGGGACAAACUCAAAAUUCACCAUGAAGGAACAAGUCAUGUUAAAGAAGAAAGUAUAGAUAUGGGAGUAAGAAAAUUUGAAACAUUUGAAAUGAAAGAAGAUGAAACCAUAGACAAAAUGUUCUCCUGGUUUACAAUUAUUAUUAAUGAAUUAAGAUCUCUUGGAAAAACUUACUCUCCUCAUGAGAGAAUAAGAAAAUUACUUAGAUGUCUUCCUAAAGUAUGGAGACCAAUGGUCACUGCUAUAAACCAAGCUAAAGAUCUGACAAAUCUACCAGUUGAGGAACUUGUUGGUUCUCUUUGUGCUCAUGAAUGUAUCAUUCUAGAAGAUAAACCACAAAAGAAAGAAAAAUCAAUUGCUCUCAAGGCUGCUAAAAACUCAAAAGAAACUCAAAUAAAAAUUGAGGAGUCAAAUGAAUCACCUUCUGAAGAUGGGGAUGAUUUAGCACUCAUAUCUAAACGCAUUCAGCAACUGGUAUUUCGAAGAGGACAAAACAAACGACCAUUUCGAAGAGAUCCCCAAAAGGCUGAGAUAGAUAAAAGCAAAAUCACAUGUUAUGGAUGUCACAAAGUUGGACACUUCAAAACUGAGUGUCCUCAACAAAAAAGGUUCGUCAAAGGUACACCAUUCAAAAAGAAAUCAAUGAUGGCUUCAUGGGAUGUCUCUGAGAACUCAAACUCACACACUGACGAAGAAGAAUCAAAUAUAUGCCUUAUGACAACCUCUGAAUCCGAAGUAAGUCCUCUUAUCUCCUAUAAUACUUGUCAUGAAAUGAAUUUUAGGUUUGACAAUCUGCUAGAGGAUUCAAACCUCUUAACUCAAAAAUGUCUUUUUCAAAAAGAACAAAUUUCAAACUUAAUCAAAGAAAAGGAAGAUUUAAAAAAACCAUUAACAAACAAUCUAUCACAAUAA